UUUGCUGGAGCGGAGCGGGACGGAGUCGAACCAACUCAACCGAGUCCUCCUCCUCCCCUUCUCCGGUCUCCUCCCCACCGCGGCCGAACCCUAGCAAGCAGAUCGCCGGCGGCCAUGGAGAGCUGGGCCACCUGGGUCGGCACCAGCGUCGCCUCCGCCUUCUUCGCCUCCCUUGAGCGCUGCUCCUGCAUCAACCUCUCCACCGACGACGACGACGACCGCGACGACGACGAGGAGGCCAAGGACCGACCCCUAAUCCUCUCCUCCGCGCCCCGCCAUGACGACGCCGCCGCCGCUAAGCCCGCCGACCUCGACCUCCUCCCCGACUCCAAGGACCAGAAGCAGGAGCAACCGCCCGUGCCGCCCGUAUGAAUGAAUCGCUUGCUUCUUGUCACCUCUAUCCCCUAGUUCCUUCGUACUACUACUACUAGUUCUAUGCUCCUCUUGUUAUGAUUCGUCAACUCUGCUAGCUGCUGUUACAUCUCGCCUUCCAUUCGCUGCCAAAUAAGUCGUGUGCUCUCGUGUGCAAUCUGUGUCCCUUGGUGUGAAUAUCUUGUGUAACCCUGUCGUUUCAAUUGACUCGGUAUCAUCAAAUUGUUGUUCUUAACAUAAGUUCAUCCUAUCAAUUGAAUUUGAGUUGAAUCAACAUA